AAAGUAAUAGCGGACUCGAUUCGGUUAAGGUCGGUUUAUGAUAGAAAAGUAAUCAGUAUUAACAUUCCUCAAGAGAUCAUCAUCAUCAUCAAAUCCCAGUUGAAAAGAAAAAAUCAUCAUCAUCAUCAAAUGGCGCAACCAAGCAAAGAACCCUGCAAGAAAGAAGCUUGUGACAUUCAGGCUUGUCUUUCCAAGAACAACUUCCUUCCUCAAAGGUGCCUUAAAGUCAUUGAAAACCUUCAAUCUUGCUGUGAGAAAUGCGAGUACAAAUCGACACAUUGUGGUUCUGUAUCCAGCCUACUGAAGCAAAUUCCCAAGCGAUAGUUCGUCUUUUCUUUUCUUUUUUCUUUUUUCUUUUUUUGACUAGAGGAAUCCAAUGGAACCAAAAAUUGAAAUUACUUAGUAUAGGAAGAAUCUAUUUCUUUUCAAAUAUGUGAGCGUUGAUCUCAGGCCAAUUGAGAAAGCUUUGGCAAAGGAAAGUAUUACACAGGAGAUUAUUGUCUGAGAAAAGGAUGAAUAACAGAUGCUUCUUGUUAUACUUGUAUACUUAUGUAGCAGCUAAAAUCUUCAUGUGAGCACAUAAGAAUGAACCUUUAAAUAACAAAAUUAUAUGAUUUCUUUCUUCAUAAUGCAUUUAACUUUUGUUUGGUUGUU